AUGAGUCGAGCAGAUAAGCAACAGCACCAGGAGCACGUGGUCGGCACCUCUCGUGACACGAGCGUGCGUCUGUUCGCCUUUGCCAACACCCGUCCGAGCUACCAGGUUGUGUUUGCUCCAGAGAAGCCGCUCAUUAUUCUAAAGUCAAAGAAGUCUGCAUCUCCGCAGCAUCCGUGCCUUCAGUGGGAGUCGCUGAGCACGCUGGUAUUUCAGGCUCGGCCCAACACCACGCACGCCAUCUACGUAGCCGACACCACCAAUCUCAGCAGCGUCACCACGUAUGAUCAGGAGGAGCAUGUCAACGGUGCUGCUGUCGGCCCGCUGCUGAAGCGGCUCAGCAACGCCAUUGCGCGGCUGAACCCACACAACGCCACCAUGGUAGCGGCUGGAGUGUCGGGACACCUCGCGAUGAAGUACGUGCUUGUGGGAGAGAAGACACUGGGUCACCAUGAUCGACUCGUGCAGCGGCUCGUGCUCGUGUGCCCUACCCCACUGAGUUCCCUCACCGCCAUGACGAACGCCGUGGUCAGACGUCCCCUCGUGGACGGUUAUCAGCUUCCAGAUAUAGUUGUGCUGCUCAAGGAGCAGACAGAGGUUCCUGCGUGGUCUGCGUGGCUGACCGCUCUGCAGGACGUGCAUCACCGCAUCUCAUCCUUUCAUAUCACCACGAACUUGGCGCCGUCCCUGUUCGCGGCCAUCGCGCGCGAGGCGGGACUAGCGGAGGCGGACGGCACGAUGGUCGACGUGCACCAGCGCUACGCGGUGCCGCGCGUGUAUCGGCUGGACUUCGUUCUAAGCAAGCAGACGAAGAGCGUGGUGCAGCUACCACGGCUGAGCCCGCUCGACACACUCGGCUACGACGAUGACGCGGGUGAGGCUGGCGAUUUCAUAGAGGGCGUGGCUGAGACUGUUGCUGCUGGUAGUUCCGUAGGUGUUGAUGAGUCUUGCUGUGGAUGCGGCAGCGAGGGCUUCUGUGGCAACCGCGGGCACGGAGAAGAGCGAACAGAGGGUGAAAACCACGGCAGUAUGCUGGUGAGUGGUCUUCACGGCCUCGCUAGCUGGUGUGAUCCGGUGCGUGUCAUCUUGGAGGGCCGUGUGCUAGACCUGCGGGCUGGCCUGGUCGGCACGACGGACGGUUGCGUAGAAGUGACGAACUUGCUGGAGAGGGUUACAGCGGACUCAACACUCGCCGCGUGGCACGCGCGAGCCGUGUCAGCUAACCAAAAGGCGAGGCGCCAGAGGCCACCUGCAGUGGCGGUCGCCGGUGCGCUGACCCGUGACGACAAGGGCCGCACAACGCUGCGCGCCGAGGAGGUGCGACCACUCACCAAGGCAGAGGCGCGGUACUCCAUGAUGGCCGGCAGCUCUCUAGAAGAGAUUCCGGUGCACUAUAAUGCCUCUCGCAUUGCACACAGCUACGGCGCUCUGCUGAUUCGUGGCCGCAAAUGUGCGUUGGCGCGCACUGUAAAGGGUGCGGUGGACGCACGCAUGCGUAUUCCUUUUACGCCUCACAGCAGCGCCGAGGAGUCUUGCAUGGACUGCGCCGUGCGCGCUCUUUGCGAUGCCUGCGAGGUGAGCAGUGAUAACUUUUUCCUACCGAGCUACUUGCCACCCGUCACCUUCUACCCCACAGCGACCGCGGACGAUGUCGGGCCACGUUGCGUGACCAUCUAUACUGCCUUGGCGAUCAGCCCACCUUCACGCGGCGUCGCGAGCGAUGCCGUCGAGGAUGUGCCAGAGCCCGAGGAGCCGUACGACUGGGUGACCUUUAGUCGCGCACUCACGUUGAUGGAGACGGAGGUAGAGCGCGAGGCGCUGCAGGAGGCACAGGUCCACUUGAAGCGGGCGCACAAGGCUGGACUGUACACCCCCGUCAAAGGAUGCGGGCUCUUUGGCGAGGGUGUGAAACCACGCAGUGACGGCGAGGCUGGUGCUGUGAUCUCCAAAGGAGCUCUGACAGGCAUACCAGCCGGGGCCGCACACCGCCUCAAGACGCUGGCUGGAAUUGAGUUUUACGUGAUUGUAUGCCCUGGUGGUGUGGCGGCUGAGCUGAUGCCACUUCUGACUCAGGUGCUGCACACGACCUGUUCACUCGCAUGCGACACAGAGACGACCACCUCGCCCAUUGAGGACAUCGCUGCAGAGGCACAGAGGCGCGGCGAGCGGCACGUCUUGUUGUUCCUGGGCGGGGACGACGACGCCGAGGCCUUCUGCGAGACACACUUGCUGUAUCUGACAGAGGAGAGGCAUGCAACGGCCCAGGUGUUCACGGUGCUGCUGCCGCAAGUGGCAACGUCGAUAGUUGAGCUUAACGACGGGGUGCUCGCCUCCGAGGUAGAGGCGCGACUGGAGACUCUCCUCUCCGCAGUGCGCGUCUCGGAUGCUCUCCUCACCAUGGUGCCGCUGAAGGAGCUUUCCCGCGCCGAGCACAUUGUCCUGCAGGUUUGCUGCAAAGCAAACCCUGACCUCAUGCUCUUCGACAGCUGGGAGGCGCGCUGCCCCUUUACGCUGUGCGACCACACGCCAGGGGGGAGCGGCAGCGCCAGUGACGUGGGCGCGACACCGAUCCUGAAAGAGAUGAAGGUGCGCACCCCCGCUGGUGUACCUGUUGCCCCUGCCUCCCUCGCCUUUCUCACCCACGCAGGAGCUCUGGACUGCUUCUAUGCUGCGGGGGAGUACCGCCUGCUGCUUCUGCAAGGAGACGUGUGGGUCCCCACCCGCGGCUCGACCCAGGGCUUUGUGUACCUUGACCUUGUGUCGCACUGUCUUGCAGUUGAGCCGGGCAAGGAAUGGACGAGUGCGAGCGACGCAGGCCGAAUGAGUGAGCUGACGCUGCUUGUGUGGUGCGCCAACGACGCCGCAGCUGACGCGGCUGCCGUGCAUGUGGCUACGCUGGAGAAAGAGCUGCAAUGGAGUGAAGCGAGGGAUGGCUCUGACUGGCUGUUAGCGUAUGAUCCCCUACCCCAAUGGGAGUAG